GCUGUGGACACCAGGCUGUUCAAGAAUUCGAACACCCGAACUCGAACUGUAGCUUUUGGGGCACUUUUAGAACAUGAGUGAAAUAUAGGGCGGCUUGAAUGGAUUUAAUAACCAGUGAUAAAGGGGACACGGCGGGAACAAGGCUUCGGCGAGGGCACCCAGGAACCAAAUGUCACAUGCAUGCUGCAGAAUGGUUCAAGUUUCAAGCUCAGUUUGGCAACCGCAGCCGUUUCUGGGCCUCAAUUUGUGCUGAGCAGCUGUUGAUUGACUUGAACAGCGGCUACAUCUCACCCCGAAGGAGCGCUAUCAUUUUGAGCCGGGUGGAGUUUUUUAUUACACAGGUCGAACGAGGCCUGUACACUUUGGGCAAGAAGCGCCAUCAUUUUGAGCCGAGCGGAAUUUUGCUUCGGCGGGUCAAAUGAGGCCUGCACACUUGGUGUGGCAGAAUUUCAACACAGUGGCAUUUGCGCCAACAGUCGGAAGGAUUGCUGAGCUUUUCUGUCUCAUGUGGCGACAAGUGCUGCUCUUUGAGACGGCCGGUUCCCGCCACCCACGCGGGGAGUGUUGCAGUGCAGUCAUUACUGUAUGAUUUCUCUUGAUUCGUGCGAAGAAAGAAACGAUGGCAACAUCUCUCAAACGAUUUUUUUCAUGUUUGGACAGUUG